AUGGGUCGAGCGAACACCCUGACCAAUGUUGUAUCGACGUUCAUGGUUCUUUGGUGUCCCGUUUGGGUGACGAUGAACUGGAUGUCGCUCGAGUAUUUCGAUGGCUCUCUCCCUGCUUUGAUCAAAGCCUUCUGGACAACCGACGACGCAUUGUCUAUGAUCUGGCGGUACUUACCGCAAGCUUCCUGGACCGCAUCCCUGGCCUAUGCUUCAUGGCUAGCUUUCCAAGCCUUGCUGUAUUAUGCACUUCCAGGCAAGACGAGUUUCGGCCAGCGCACCCCUGGCGGAUGCAGACAUCGGUACGAGAUCAACGGAGCUAUGGCUUGGGCCAUCACACACUUGCUAUUUGCCGUGGCCGUCGUGCAGGAAUGGCUUGAUCCCGCGUGGAUUGCGAAGAACUGGGCCGGCCUGUUUGUCGCUGCCAAUGUGUACGGCUAUCUCCUCGCUGUCUUCGUCUUUGUCAAAGGCAGGUAUGCACCGACAAAUGUCGAGGAUCGCAAAUUCAGUGGAUCGUGGGCGUAUGAUUUCUGGAUGGGUCUGGAAUUGAACCCCCGCAUCGGCUCUCAUUUCGAUGUGAAGCUGUUCCAUAACGGCCGUCCGGGCAUUGUCGCGUGGACUCUGAUUGAUCUCUCAUUCGCCGCAUGGCAGUACGAAAAGUUCGGCAGCGUGAGCAACUCGAUGUUGAUCGUCAUCGUCCUACACACCGUCUACACGUUAGACUUCUUCUUCAACGAAGACUGGUACCUUAAGACCAUGGACAUAACGCAUGAUCACAUGGGAAUGAUGCUCGCAUGGGGAGACGCCGUCUUCCUCCCAAGCUUUUACACCAUUCAAGCGCAGUACCUUGCAUACCAUCCAGUACAACUUAGUACCCCGGCCUUCAUCGCGCUCAUGGCAUUGGGCAUGGGAGCAUACGCUGCCUUCCGAGCUUCGAACAGCGAGAAAUUGCACGUCAGAGAGGCAGACGGCGAUACCAUGGUCUGGGGCCGGCCGGCCACGGCACUGCGUUGCAAUUAUUGGACGGCGGAUGGGAAAGAGCACCAAUCGUUGUUGCUGACCUGCGACUGGUGGUCCAUCGCUCGACAUACCAACUAUACGGCCGACCUCGUCCUCGCGUGGGCAAUGUGCGCGCCGUGCAGUGGCGAUGGCCUUGUCCUGCCGCCGUGGACGUACUUCAUCUUCCAGUUCGUCCUGCUCAACCAUCGGAUCAUCAGAGGGGAAGAGAGUUGUCGCAACAAGUACGGGGAGAAAUGGGAGGAAUAUUGCGAGAUCGUGCCGUGGAGAUUGAUCCCCGGGAUAUAUUGA